AUUACUGCAACUUCUCUAAGUUUAGGAAAAGUUGCGCAGUCAGCUUAGCGCUGUACAAAGCGAAGCAGGACCCUCACACUGAAACCAUCCGCCUCUUCCCCACCCUGCUUUGUUUUAUCAUGCAUAUCAACCAUGUUGCCCAUUUGCUCCUCUCUUUUCUCUGCAUCGCAUUGACUGCCCAUUCUAAGGUGGAGACAGAUGAAGUGGUUCCCAGGCUGCUGUCCCUUCAGGAGGCACACCUGUCCUCCGGCCACACCGACCGCACACAGCGGCGCCGCGGUCAGCGCUCACUGGACGAAUCCGGGGAAGGACCCUCUGACCCGUUGAAUAUUAUUCUGUCACUUCCCGCUUUUGGAAGGACCCUGUAUUUAAAUCUGACGCGGGACAGCGUGUUUCUCUCGAGGGGCUUCGCGGUGGAGGAGAGGCACGGGGACCGGAGCGCAGCAGUGAGCCGCUUAUCCAUGAACCAGCUCUGCUUUUACUCCGGCUUCAUCGUCAACCACACGGAUUCUCUGGCAUCACUGACCACCUGUGGCGGCCUGAUGGGGCUCAUCCAGAUCGGGGAGGACAUCCUGUUCAUUCAGCCGGUAGGUGAAAACAACCCAUCACAGUCAUUCUCCGGACUUAAACAUCAGUUGCUGCGACACCAACGCGCUACCAAGACCAGCUCUGCUCAAGAUGCUGACCAGUCCAACUUCUGUGGGACCGUACGAGGGAAGAAGAAGGAGAAGAUGUCAAAAGUUGAUGAGGAGGGUCGUGGGAAGAGAAGCACCAUUCGCCUGCAUGAAACAUAUACUGUGGAGACGGUGGUGGUGGCAGACUCCGACAUGGUGCAGUACCACGGUGCCGAGGCUGCACAGAGGUUCCUGCUGACUGUCAUGAACAUGGUCUACAACAUGUUCCUACACCGGAGUCUGGGAGUCAGGAUCAACAUCCGUGUCACCAAGCUGGUGUUGCUUCACAGCCGCCCAGAAAAGCUAAAGGUGGGCCAUCAUGGAGAAAGGUCUCUACAGAGCUUCUGUCACUGGCAGUAUCAAGAGUUUGGGGGGCCACGAUACCUUGGCACCAACCAUGUUCCUGGUGGAAGAGAUGACAUCCCACCAGUGGACACUGCUGUGCUGGUCACCAGGACAGAUUUCUGUGUUUAUAAAGAUGAACCCUGUGAUACUGUGGGUAUUGCUUAUUUGGGCGGAGUCUGCAGCGCCAAGAGGAAGUGUGUGUUAGCAGAGGACAAUGGACUCAAUUUGGCCUUCACCAUCGCUCACGAACUGGGACACAACAUGGGAAUGAGCCAUGAUGAUGACCACGCCACCUGCACCGGUCAUUCCCACAUCAUGUCUGGUGAAUGGGUGAAAGGAAGAAACCCCAGUGACCUGUCAUGGUCCUCCUGCAGUCGCGAUGACCUGGAGAACUUCCUCAGGUCCAAAGCCAGUGCCUGCCUGCUGCACACAGACCCCAGGAGCCGUUACCAGGUCCGGCUUCCCCCCAAGCUGCCAGGCAUGCACUACAGUGUAGAUGAACAAUGUCAGAUCCUGUUUGGAACCAAUGCUACUUUCUGCAAUGAUAUGGAGCACCUGAUGUGCGCUGGCCUGUGGUGUUUAGUAGAGGGAGAUGCAUCCUGCAAGACCAAACUUGACCCUCCUCUGGACGGUACAGAGUGUGGAGCAGACAAGUGGUGCAGGGCAGGCGAGUGUGUCAGUAAGACUCCCAUCCCUCAGCAUGUGGAUGGUGACUGGAGUCCAUGGAGCCAGUGGAGCAUGUGCAGCAGGACCUGCGGUACUGGAGUCCAGUUCAGACAGAGGAAAUGUGACAACCCUCCGCCUGGUCCUGGUGGGCGACACUGUCAGAAGGCCAGCGUGGAGCACAAGGCCUGCGAAGGUCCUCCCUGUCCCAAGGGGACACCCAGCUUCAGAGACCUGCAGUGUCUGUCCUACGACCGACACGCCAGCAAAAAGAAGGGCAGCAUGCUGACUGCUAUUAUUAAUGAUGCGAAGCCAUGUGUUUUGUUCUGCAGUCCGGUGGGUCGAGAUGUCCCAGUGCUGAUGGCUGACAGAGUAAUGGAUGGGACGCCCUGUGGACCAUAUGAGGCUGACCUGUGCGUUAACGGGAGGUGUCAGAAAAUUGGCUGUGACAGCAUCAUCGGCUCUUCAGCCAAAGAGGACCGUUGCGGUGUAUGUAAUGGAGACGGGCGCUCCUGUAAGAUAGUGAGAGGAGACUUCAACCACACCAAAGGAAUGGGCUACGCCGAGGCUGUGAUUAUUCCUGCAGGAGCCAGGAGAAUCAAAGUUGUGGAAGACAAACCCUCGCAUAGCUUUCUGGCCCUAAAAGAUUCCAGUAAGAGGUCAAUCAACAGCGACUGGAAGAUUGAGCUUCCAGGAGAAUUUGAGCUGGCCGGGACCACAGUCCGCUAUGUAAGAAGGGGACUGUGGGAGAAAAUGUCUGCCAAAGGACCCACUAAGACCCCCUUACACCUGAUGUGCUCGUCAUCCUGCGGGAAGGGCUUGCAGUCGCGAGUGGUCCAGUGUAUGCACAAAGUGACUGGUCGCCACGGUAUCGACUGCCCAGUGACGCUGAGACCACCAACCUACCGACCCUGUCACCAUGGUGCCUGCAACGAGAGAAUCAACGUAAACACCAUCACCUCCCCCAGGCUAGCUGCUCUGACCUACAAAUGCAUGGGGGACCAGUGGACGGUGUACUGUCGCGUGAUCCGAGAGAAGAACCUCUGUCAGGACAUGAGGUGGUACCAGCGCUGCUGUGAAACCUGUAGGGACUUUUAUGCCAAGAACAUACUGCACAAGAGCUAAUGACCAAAUGCACCUACUUUUCCUCCAAAAAAAUGCUAAUUUCUUGUUUUAAGUACUGUUAAAUGUUCUAAGAAAACAAUGUCUAUUAUUGAUUUAACGCAAGUAAACAUAAGUGUACAUUUGAAAUGGGUUCAUAAGCUUCUAAUUUUGAUGAAAAAGAAAUAUUUCUUUGGCUGUACACCAAAAAAAGGGUGAGUCUUUAGAAUGCCAAUUCAGGCGGCUUUAUUGCACAGAAUGACAUAAGUGCUUGAUUUUAAAGUAGAAUUUCUCUAGCUAGUAACAUGGGAUUAUGAGUUAGCUAGAGAUUUCCCCUCUCCUUUCUUCCUUAAUUAGCCUUUCCUUUGUAUCUUUUCUUCUGUUGUACUGUAUUAUAGCUAAUUGUUGUAAUUUUAAUAACUAGUAAAUAGAAGUACAUAAGUAAAAUUAUGAUACUUAAGUAUUAAUUAAGCAUACUACAUUUAUGUGUAAGUACUGAUCAGGAGUCAUGGUAAAAUACUGUGGGAUCACAGUGAAUCAACCAUGCUUAUGAAAGGAGACCCCGUGCUUUGGAUAGCUUAUGUAGCAACAACAUGGUGGAAGCAUUAACAUACACUCUAAGGGUACAUGGUUGUUUUGUUUUCUUUCAGAUGCAGUUCAGUUAAUGGAUUUAAAAUGCCUGGGUCAACAAUUUUACUCUGAUUGAUUUAAAUUUACCACUUAGAUAGUGUGAGCACCUCAGUGCAAAAUCUGGUUUUGCAGUUUUAGUUGUUUGUUCUUCAAGUAUGUGAUGAGCUGUAUGAGCAGUGAGAACUGACACCUUUCAUUAGCUAUUUCAGUACUUGUUGUCCGACUAUGGGCAUGACAUAGUUUGCUUAAAAUGUCCUGUGCCCCAAGCCAUGAACACAUGCGUCACCUGUACACUGUAGCCUCACAGCAGGGCUGUGAUCCUGCUUGGCUGCAGGACCAACCACAGCUUUUAUGCAAUCCAACUUAAAGGGAAAAUGUGACACCUUUUAUGUGGAUAUCCAGUCAGUGUUGUUGGUAAAUGUAGCCAAUUGAAGCAAUACAUUCCUAAGUCUGUGCUACUGGCUUGCCCAAGAAAGCAGAGUCCUGGGGCGAGUUCAAUCUCAAAACGUUAAACGUUUCCUUGCAACGUUGCGCAAAGUUUCACAACGAGCUUCGUGGUAUGUUUUCUUCUGUUUGGUGGGCGUGUCACAGGUGUUACCCAAUCAGCUGUGAAAAGUUUGUAAACACAACGGAGUUAAAAAGGCAUGCAUUGCGCUUGCGUACACAACAGGGUGUUCAGGGAAACACUGUUUCUGUUGAAAAAAACGUUUUGCUACGUUUUGUCUGCGCUGAACUCAGCCCUGCUAUUCCUCGUUGAGCCAUGCCAGCAGUGCCCACAUAAACCAGAAUUCAUUGCACAUAUAUGUAUGACAUAAAUAUACUGGCAUAAUGGACUUCUAACAACAAAGCUGAACUAGCAAUGAAGUAUAAAGUUCCACAAAAAUCAACAAGAGCAUCCAACUUCUAUAAUUCCUUUUUAGUUGACUUCAAAUGACAAAUUAACGUUCAAACACUUUUUCUUUCCCACAUUAUUACAACAUUAGUCCAGCAUUGCCCCAGCCUGUAGGAGCACCACUCAGGUCUAUAAUGUUAGCUUUUACUUUGCUGGCCAAAACAAAGUGUUGAGUGACAAAAAAACACUCGAUGAUCAUCUGCCCUCUCGGGCACGCUGGUCUUGGUAGUCUUUUCAAGUUUAAAUUCGGAAUCCUGAAGAAGGUCUUCAGCAUACCUCUGUCCAUUUUCAUGCAAAAGGCUUUCUUAGGAUUGGUGUUGCAGACAGCAUCUAACAAAAACUGCCCAUGCUCAAAUUUAUUGCAGCAGAAUAAUUCAGUUUCUGUUUGUACCGGAGAAAAAUUUCAGCAGAAGCACCAACAGUCUGUGUAUUAGCGGCUUAGGUCCUGGGGGGUCCCAGCCAGCCAUAUCCUCUUGCACGGCUGUGACUGAGGCUACCUCUGCCUCUCUCCACUUAUUUAUUGUCUGGCUCAAAAAAAUAUGACUAAAUACCCGAGUCAGCAAAAACAUUGUAAACUGUAUUCUUGUCAAUAUUAUGCUCUGCAGUUAACGCGCAGUUGCAAACGUAGCUUGUUUGCAAAACAAGAUAAGAAGACAGCAUCUAGAGCUAGAAAUCCAAGCUCAAGUAGCCUGUAGUUCUCUGUGCCACCCACUGUCAUCUCAAAUGACGGCGCUGGAUGCAGCUACUUGGCAAACUCAGCUAGCAUGCGCUGAGGAAUUUAUUGCUUCAGUGGACUGCAUUUAACAUCAGCACUGUUUGGACAUCCUCAUUAAAUGUUCCAAAUUUUCCCUUUAAUUUGAAGCAUACUGAGGCUUUUAGAUACGAGCUGUUACCUUGUAGCCAGUGCACAUACACUAAUAUUAAGCUGAUGUCAAAAUGAUAAGUUGAAAGGUCAACUUCAGUAGUCUUUUUAUAUUUAUUCAUUUUAGCUGAAGCUUUUAUCCAAAGCGACUUACAAUUGCUAUACACGUCAGAGGUCACAUGCCUCUGGUGCAACUA